AUGGGGACAGUCUCAUCAUCGCUGUCUCACACUAUCCAACAGGCCCUGACUCAGCCCCUGGCUUCUCCUAUGUUGGCAAGCCCCCUGCCUGCGCUGCAACCUCAGGUCAGCCGCAAGGCAUAUGCCAAAACUAAGCAUGUCUCCCCCGAUAUGACACAGGUGGUACCUGCCCUGACUGACGUGCCUAUGGCCGUCCAAGAUGGCGCGUUACCGUGCAAGAGAGCCGCUGGCUGGGCAAAAUCGGCCAGAAAGUGGAAAAGGUCGCGUGCCCAUGACAAUGACGGGUCUGAUUCAGAUCCAAGUGGGGAGACAGGUUCGGACACCCCCGACUACGCCUCUUAUGAGGAAGGGGACUCCGACGCGGAGGCGGGGUCUGACACUUCGGCGUUACCUCCGAGUGAGGAAUAA